GUCGUCCCCUCAUCUAUCCACUACCUCUCUUCUAUCAUAGCCUUCUUAUUCCUUUCUCGUUUAAUCAUCUGACGACCAUGUCUUCAACUGAAUCAGCUCCUACGAAAUUCAUCCUUCCCGAUCUUGUCACCGAUUGCACAUUCCCUCUUCGCUUGAACUCAGACUGCUACGAUGUUGCUCGCGCUUCCGAGAAAUGGCUUUUGUCGGGUGCUCGUCUUGUCGAGCCCAGGAGCUCCAAGUUUAUGGGUUUGAAAGCCGGCGAGCUUACUGCAGCAUGUUACCCGGACGCAGAUGCUUCCCACCUUCGUGUCUGUUCUGAUUUCAUGAACUGGCUAUUCAACAUGGAUGAUUGGUUGGACGAAUUCGAUGUAGAGGGAACUUGGGGUAUGCGGGAAUGCUGCAUUGGUGCUUUCCGCGAUCCUCUUCAGUUUGAAACCGAAAAGCUCGGUGGUAAAAUGACAAAAUGCUUCUUUAGCCGCUUUGUAAAGACCGGUGGUCCUGGUUGCACGGAACGCUUCAUCCACACCAUGGAUCUGUUCUUCAAAGCCGUCGUUUUACAAGCCAACGACCGUGCCAAUGGUCUCGUCCCGGAUCUUGAAUCUUAUAUCACUGUUCGUCGCGACACGAGUGGCUGCAAACCGUGUUUCGCCCUUAUUGAGUACGCCGCCCGCAUCGACCUUCCAGACGAGGUUAUGCAGCACCCUGUCAUCCAAUCUAUGGAAGAAGCCACUAACGACCUCGUAACAUGGUCGAAUGAUAUAUUCUCUUAUAAUGUAGAACAGUCCCGUCACGAUACGCAUAACAUGAUUGUGGUCCUCAUGCGCGAGCGUGGGCUUGACCUACAGGGGGCAGUUGAUGUCGUUGGCAACUUCUGCAAAGGCAGUAUUGACCGCUUCCAGACCGAACGUGAUAACCUUCCGUCAUGGGGAGAAGAAAUUGAUCGCGAUGUGGCGAUCUAUAUCGAUGGACUCCAAAACUGGAUCGUCGGCUCUCUCCACUGGAGCUUCGACUCUGAACGGUACUUCGGAAAGGAGGGUCUCGAUGUCAAGCAGCAACGUAUUAUCAACCUUUUGCCAAAACGCCCUUUGUGAUCGGAUUGCUCUCACCCUGUAGCGUUUACCUUAUCUGUAUAGCCGUCUACUACUAGACUCUUCGCGAUAGCGAUUAUUUCUAUCAUAUUACCCGGAUAAUCACACAGUUCUAUGAUAUGGGUCCAUGCGCAAUAUAUGCCUAUGCACCUCAACACACCUACCAAAACGGGCUGGCGCAAUGGCCACCCUCUUUACUACCUCCUGUAGCUUUGACUUUUAUUCUGUAUGACGUCCAUGUUUCGAAGUCUCCGACUGUAUCAUACCUCCGGCUCAUCUAACUACGCUUUAUUUUAGAUUUUAGUUUUCUUGGAUAGUUAGCAGUGUUAUCUGUUGUUUUAAUUUUUGAAUACAAGUGAUUGAUUGAUU